AUGUGGCGCUCGUUGCAACGCUCUCCACUUCCAGCGGCGGCGUUAACCGCUGGCCUCUUCUCCAUCGUAAAAUCUUCGCUUAAUGAGCCUGUUCAAUCAACAAAUGUUAUACCGCUCGAAAUUCCCGCUGCUUUAUCGUCACCAAGUGCGCCUUCACCCGGGGGCGAUAAGCUCCGAUUAUCGCGUCGCUUUACCCGCCGCAAACAAACCAAACAUCACAGAUAUGUGAUUGUGGGAUCUGGCACGGCCGCCAAUGCUGCUAUCGAGGCUAUUCGACAGGAAGAUGCUUGUGCCGAUAUUCUCGUGCUCAGUGAUGAGAAUGCGCUGCCUCGUCUUGACUUUGGCGUCCAGCAACCGCGGGGCGACGAGGAUGAUAGUGAUGGGGACGACGGGCCGUCACUGGCUCCUGCUCUUUUAAUUAGCUACAACGAAUGGCGUCGUCAUUUAAGUGCACGCUUUGAAGAAGACGUGGUCUCGUCCACAGGGCCACCGCCACUUACAUUAUUGCUCGACAAGAGGCCACUUGAGUUCGACGUCGAAAAAAAUCGCGUGUUGCUAGGAGACGGCACUGAAGUGCGAUAUGAGCGCUGCCUCGUGGCAUCGGCUGGUCGGCCUCGUCACUUUUAUGUGUUGGACAGCGAUCGCGUAUCAUACGCGCUCAAAGACCGCGUCAACACGUGCACGACGCAUGCAGACUUUGUGCGACUGGAUCAGCUGGCCGCAGGGGCAUCCGAUGAAGGAGGUGGUGCGGCACAGAGCGUUCUGGUAAUCGGUGCUGGUUUUUUGGGCUGUGAAGUGGCCUGUGCGCUGGCUACGGACCCGCGGAACAACCACCUAAAAAUCAAAUUGGUGUUCGUAGAGCAGUUACCUGCUGCCAGAACGCUACCUCCUUAUCUGGCAGAGGAGCUGGCGCGACGACUCAGCCAUGCAGGAGUUGACGUCGUAUCUAACCGAUUAGUCACAAGUUUGCGCCCAAGCCUGGAUGAUGACGACAAUGAGAGCGACAGAGGCGUGACUGUAGGCGUACUAGGCAAGGACAAGCCCGAGGUAGCACUAGAUGCCGACUAUGUCGUGCUGGCAUCCACCCAUACGGAUCCAGCUACGACGCUUCGCAUGGGACGCGCAACUCGGACUGGGGGUGGCCUAGAGCGGGAUGAAAAAAAUGGCGGACUAGUUGUUAAUGCGCAGCUAGAAGCUGUUUCUGGUUUGUUUGUUGCUGGAAACGCUGCCAGUUAUUAUGACCCGUAUUUGGGAAGACGGCGCGUGGAUCGUUACGAUCACGCAGUCAACAGCGGACUCACAGCUGGUCGCAAUAUGGUCAGAUCGCUUCGUGGUGCAGGAAAGAUGAAGACAUACAGACAUCAGCCUUUGUUCCGUAGUCACCUACCGGGUAUUGGCGUACUAAUGGAAGGUAUCGGUGAGGUGAAUUCGUCAUCACGCACUGUAGGUGUCUGGGUGCAGCCACCUAACCUCAACUCCAGCCCGAACGGCAGUCAAGGGACGCCGUACGAGCGUGGUGUGGUUUAUUUCCUUAAAGGUAACAAGAUUAUGGGCAUUGUGCUGUGGAAUGCCUCGGAUGUGCUUGAGAGUGCGCGUCAAUUAAUGCUCUCGCGGCCAGAAAUUCGCGACAAUGUGGAGGAGGAACUCAAACACGCAAUUUCGCUCGCGCCAAAUGACUGGCUGCAUGUCGUAUCUACGUAG